AUAUACUUAGCACGCAUAUCCUCUAUUAUUACUUUGAUGUGAGAAAUAUUUUGGUAAAUAUAUAGUUUAUUCAACACUGCAAUCCUGCACUGGCUCUAUGUCAUGUGAUGACUAGUCAGCAGUAAGGAGUAGGAGAAGGGCUAAAGGCUGUUUCACAAUGUUGCUCACUAGUAUAGCACUAAGUUCUAUUCUCAUUUUUAAUACUAUUAAUGCUUGUGAAUUUGGAGUACCUAAUGGAUUCACAUCAUACAGUGUCUUCAGAUAUGGUAGUUCAUUAGCAUCACAAGUGUAUCUUGGAUUAGAGAACUCAGCUUCAUGUGGAGGAUAUCUGAGGAAUUACACAAUAUGCCAAUUGAAUAGGCUUUUUGGUAGACUAAUGACACCAGGUAUUUUAUCCAUCUGGGAACCAGCAGUGCCUUUUAUUGCUGGUUUAAAAGCAUUUACCAAGAUUAAAAGCUCUGAAAUCCAACUACCAUUGGCAGUGAAUAACACUUGUGGUGUUGAUCCAACAGUGGCCACAGUUGAUCCUCCUACCCCUGAACCUGCUGAUGAAAUCAUUUGCUUCAAUUACUGUUUCCCUGGAAACUCUACAAUAUUAGUGAGGCCAGGGAGUGUUCCUGGUAUAUCAUAUCCUGAUGGAAUUGACUACACAAGAGGACAAAUAUUAUCAGAUAAUACAAGACAGACUAAAGGAGUUUGUAUUGGAGGCAAUCAUAAAUUAACAUUUGGCACUCUUGAAGUUGUUGAAGUAACCUGUCCUCUAUCUCCAGCUAAUACUAGCAUUGGCCUGCUAGCUGGAGCUGGUAUUGAGCCAAUUUAUUGUCCUGAAUUAUCUCUACAGUAUGGUAGCAUUAAUAUCUCUGGUCCUUACUCUUAUGGUACUGGCAUUGAAUACACUUGUCAGACUGGUUUCCAACUGGUUGGUGUUUCCAGUCAAACCUGUUUGUCCAGUGGAGACUGGAGUGAUGAAUUACCUUAUUGUAAUGUACUCAACUGUACUGACCCAGGAGUACCUAGUAAUGGGAAUCGUAAUGGCAAUAGCUUCCUUAAUGGCUCAGAAUUAUUCUUUGAAUGUGAUGAUAGUUAUACAUUGGAGGGUCCUGAAUCCAUUACAUGCUAUAGGGGAACCUGGAGUUAUCCUGUUCCACAAUGUGUUUUAUCAAAUUCCACAUUAACUCCAACAACUACUGUACAAUCUAAUGAUACUAGACCUCAUGAACUCACAAUAGUGAUAUUGGUCAUACUACUAAUAAUAAUACUCACUCUAUGUGGCUGUACUAUUUUGCUAGUGAUUGUGUGCAGGAAAUGUCAACCAAGAAAAGUGAUAUCUCCUCAUCCUACAUCCACACUUGAGCUGACCAGUUUUAAUCAGCCAACAACUGCUCCAUCCAUGUAUCAACACAACACACAAAUUGAUCAGACAAAUAGAAUGCCUGGUAUUCCUAAUAAAGGAUUUGUGACAAGUGAUGAAAGCUAUUACAAGAAAACUGAUAGUUAACACUGUUGGUCCUUUCCCUCCUCCUUUACCAUCUCCUCCUCCAUUUCCUUCUCCUUCUCCCUACUCACCUUCAAGAGGC